GUUUUUUUGUUUUUAUACGCUAAUUUAGGUUAUUUACUAACUAUUUUCGAUAUAGUUACUAUUUUGUAAACAUUGUAAAGUUUUAUUUAUUGCAAAAAGAAGGGCGAAAAGAGAAACAAAGGAUUUUCACUUUCAUCAAUCAACCAACGUUUUUGAUCAAUUUUGCAUUUGGUUUUUGUAUAAUUGAAUCAUUCUUUGUGUGAAAUAAAACAACAACGCAGCUACAUAUAAAAAAAUAAUAUUUAAUGAUGGAUGCAGAAAAAUCAAGCAAUAGUUCUUUUGAGGAUCUUUCGAAUCUUAAUGAGGCUGAUAUGAAGACAGCUUCAGAAGCGUUAUUGGAUAAGGAAAGACUUGCCACUGAUGGCGGCGAAGCAGCUGCACCUGUAGAUUCAGACAGUGACAGUGGUGCUCCUGCUUCCGUGGGUGAUGAAGAGCCCUGCGAUGUUUUGGGUAAUGGCCAGUUAAUAAAACGUGUUAUAAAGAAGGCAAAGGUUGAGAAAAAACCCCAACGUGGUGAAUUGGUGACAAUUAGUUUUACUGGUAAACUAGAUGAUGGGACUGUUGUGGAAAAAGAAGACAACUUUCAAGUACAUGUAGGAGAUUAUGAGAUCGUACAAGGUCUAGAUAUAGUUGUACCUUUAAUGAAUAUUGGUGAAGUGGCCGAAGUUAAGAUUGAUCCUCGUUUUGCCUAUGGUUCAUUGGGAUUGAAAAAUGAAAAAGAACCUGAAUUAAGCAUUCCUCCAGAAGCAACAAUAACAUAUGAAGUGCAUUUAAACGAUUCUACAUAUGAAGAUUUCGCUGACUUGAAAACAUUUGAUAUACGCAAAAAAUACGGCACACGUAAAAAGGAACGUGCAAACUUUUGGUACAAUCGCAGUGAAUUUAGUACUGCCAUACAAUUAUACAGACGCGCUUUAGAAUAUUUAGAUAAUCGUGAUGGCGAUCCAGAUUCUGAUAUUGGCAAAGAAGAUAUUGAGUUGUCCAACACUGAGUUACAGACCCUGUUAGACGAUCGAUUAAUUGUCUAUAAUAAUUUGGCAAUGGCACAAAUCAAAAUAUCGGCUUUUGAUGCUGCCUUGCAAUCGGUGGAACAUGUAUUACGCUGUCAACCCAACAACUCGAAGGCUUUGUAUAGAAAAGGCAGAAUUCUGGAAGGCAAAGGUGAUACAAAGGGAGCCAUUACCCUAUUACAGAAAGCUGCUACUUUAGAACCAGAAAGUAGAGCAAUACAGCAGGAUUUGGCCAAGCUAAUUAUUAAGGCAAGACGCGAAGAGCACAAUGAAAAAGAAAUGUAUCAAAAAAUGCUGGGCCAGGCUAAGAAAUUGGAACAAAAAAAUAAACAACCUCAAAAACAACAAACUGUUGAAAGUUCCAAACUAAAAUUAUUAGGCUACUUAAUGGGUUCCAUACUGAUCGGUGUUGCCGGCGUGGCUAUGUAUCGUUAUAAAUACUGAAAAUAACUCCUAUUUAUAUGACCUAAUCUUAUUGAAAACCAAACAAAAAGAAAACUCCGUAAACUGAUUAAUUGAUUUGAAAUGCUCUUCACAUACAUACACACAUCAUAUAUAUUUAUGAAAAUAUCUUUAAUAUUAAUAAUAAUUAUAAUAAAACAAAUUAAACUACCUUAUAUUUACUCCUAUAUAAUUUGUAGACUAGAAUGGUUCGCUUAGAUCUAAAUUCAAUAUGAUUUACAUUAUUAUAUACAUACAUGCACACAUCUACUACAUAUAUUAGUAAAAUAUGUAUGUAAGUUUUCUAUUAUCAUACUAUUUUUUUUAUGCGGGAACUGGUUUUAAUUUAACUUUUUCUAUAAUUCCUACAUUAUAGAAUUAUUGAGUCUUUUAAGUUUGACCACAUUAAAUGACAAUGUCUUUUGAGUUUAUUUUUUCAUUCCAAGUUGUAAAAGCCUUUAUUUAAAACAAAAAAAAAACAAACACAUUUUUUGUAAGUUUAAUAUUCUUAAAAAAAAAAUUAAUAAAAUGGAGAAAGAUUUAAAAA